AUGGAAGACCUUAAUAAGGCAAUGGAUGAGGCAUCGACCUUUUUAGACAUUUCCGGUUGCUACAUCCCAGUUCGAAGUCUGAAUGACAAAGACAGAGUGGUAGAUGCGGCAGUAAAAUUCCAAGUUGUUGUAAGAACAAGGAUGUUCAUAGAGAGAUUCCUGGAAGGAUUGUCUGCCCUUGGGGUUCUCGAUCAAUUGAGGAAAUACCCUGAAGUAUUCCGACCUAUUUUCUGCUUCAGACCAGCACCACUUACUGCAGAACUUAUACAAGUGUUAUUCAAGCCUGUCUUACCUGUGAAGGGACACCAUAAGAGAGACGAUGCAUCAGUUGUCCUUGGCUUGUGGUAUGAUUACGUUGGUGAAGUGGAAGAAGGAGGGCGUCCGACUACUCUGAAGGACAUCUUGUUCUUCAUAACAGGCUGUGUGUACGUGCCACCGCUCGGAUUCCAACCAGAGCCAUCGGUAGGAUUCCAUGAAGAGGGAAAAUACCCACUUGUUAGUGUAUGCGACAACAGAAUCAACCUGCCGCUGUUCGAAAUCGCAGAUUAUGACAUAUUCAAGUGCAAUAUGGAUGAAGGGGUAUUGAAUGCGAUGGGCUUUGGCCGGUCUUAA